AUGGGCUUUGGCUCCCGCCUAUCCACAACGUUUGGUCUUAUCCUCAUCGCCCACGCCGGCUACUCCGCGCACGAACACUCAAUAUUAUACGGCAGCGCCCAUUCCAUACCCCUCGAUAUCACAUUCGAAACCCUCGUUGCCAUCCUCUUUGUCACGGUUGGCCUAGUACUGGGAUCCGAGAAGCCACGGCCCAUCAGUUGGAGUGUUUGGGCAGGUCAGAUCGAGAAGGAAGGCGGAGCGCGAAAUCCUUUUUGCGGAUUCGAGGACCGAGUUGGGUUUUGGGAUGUUAGAACCAAACGAGAGGAGUUUGCAAAUUGGGUACGGGAAAACGGUACGGCUGGCACGCAAUCAUCAAAUGAAUAUGGUGGGUUGAGCAACGAGGACGAAUAUCGAGAAAUCUGGUCUAAUUUUGUCCAUUGGGCAGGUCCAUUACAAAUUCUUCCAAUCUCAAGCGAGUCUUUCUCUGCAUUUAAUGCUCUCUUCCUAACCCCAAGUUCAAUGGCCUUCGCCCCUGCGAUUUGA